GUGAAGGCAAUGGUCCUGGCAAAGCGUCCUGCCUUAGGAGGGAGACUUUUACACUGCACAAAAGCCAGGGAAACACUCGUCGCUGGAAUGAACCAGAGCCCUCCUGCACUCGCCGUGGAUUAAAACCGAAACUUUUACGAUGGCUCUGAACGUGAAAAAGUAGCGCGAGAAACAGCACGCUAAACCGCCACCGCCGCCACCACCACCAACGGACCUUCUACUGCAAAGCAACUCCUAGUAGAUGUACGGCCACUGCUGAAAAAUAUGCUCCAGCCAAGCAACCUCAACCCGGGCUCCAGUCGCAAAUUCGCAGUGUUUUAACCAGUUUCGUGAGACAUUCACGGGCCUCUUCUUCACGUUGUUGUUGUUUUUUAAAGGUUCUUACCUUUAAAGUCCGCUAUACAAGUCCACAACCCACCUGAGAGAGAGAGAGAGAAAUAAGAGAGAGAGAAUUAUGGCAGGGAAGCUGACAGCAGCGCAAGGCACAGGAAUACUGCUGGUGACAGCCAACGUUGGAUCCCUGUUCGAGGAUCUUGAAAAUCUACAGAAGACAUGGCUGAGGGAGUUUUACCAGACAGUGCAGUCGCAUAAGCCUCACUUCUUGGCACUGCAUUGUCAGGAGGUGGGUGGGAAGAAUUUCGAGGAGUCCAUGUCACACGUGGAUAAUUUUGUGAAAGAGCUGUUGUCCAGCGAUGCCUUGAAGGAAUACAGCAGAGCCCGCGUCUACCUCGAUGAGAACUACAGAUCCCAGGAGCAUUUCACAGCUCUUGGAAGUUUAUACUUUAUCCACGACUCUUUGAAAAACAUCCAACAGUUUGAUUUCAAAGCCAAGAAAUUUAGAAAGGUGGUCGGGAAGGAAACCUGCUCAGAGACACUAGAAAGCACACCCACACUGGAGAAGGCGAAGUUUCCACAGGACUACUUUCCCGAGUGCAAGUGGUCCAGAAAGGGAUUCAUCAGAACUCGAUGGGCCAUGGCUGACUGUGCCUUUGAUCUGGUCAACAUCCACCUUUUCCAUGAUGCUUCCAACCUUGUGGCCUGGGAGAAAAGCCCAUCAGAGUACUCUGGGACCAGGCAGAAGGCACUGGCCUACGUUUUAGACAGGAUCACGGACCAGCGGUAUGAGAAGCUGCCAUUUUUUGUCUUCGGUGACUUUAACUUCAGGUUGGACUCUAAGAAAGUUAUUGAGAAACUCUGCUCUGAUGCCACCAUGCAGACAAUCAGAACCGACAACAAUGAAAUUCACAAGCUAGUAUUUCAAGAAACUGAUAAUGACCGAAAGGUUAUUCUUCAAAUUGAAAAGAAGCUUUUUAAUUAUGUCAACCAGGAAGUAUUCCGGGAAGACAAUGGGACCUCACUUUUAGAGUUUGAUAAAGAGCUGUCAGUGUUCAAAGAACGUCUGCAUGAACAAGAGAUCGGUUUCCCGCCAAGUUAUCCGUACAGUGAAGACAGCAGUCAGGGGAAGCAGUACAUGAAUACCAGAUGCCCCGCCUGGUGUGACCGAAUCCUGAUGUCUCCCUCUGCCAGAGACAUGUUGCUAAAGCCUGAAAAUGAAGAGAAGUCUAUAGUCUAUGAUAACAUUGGGCCCAAUGUCUGCAUGGGGGACCACAAGCCUGUCUUCCUGUCCUUCCGAAUAACAGCGGGGGCAGGUAAACCUAAUGCAAAUAAGCACAAGUGUUGUGUGGUGCAGUGAUGUCGUGGGAAGUGUUGCCAAAGGGGGGAGAACAUAUUCCGUGAAGCGCCUCUGUGAGAACACCCGAGAAACAAACAGGACACCGCACACACAGCGCACACACAGCGCACACACACGCACACACACUUUGCACAAGCAUACACUGAAGAACCUAGACAGACUUUGUUUCAGCAGUGCUGACCAGUUGCAGUAAUCCAGACGCCUCAUCCAUACGAAAACCCCGACCCGGUUUCUUCCCACGAAACACUCGCCGAGAUCUGGACGAGCCACCCGAGGGCCCGACUUCCAGACGAGAUACACAUCGCUGACCUCAUCGUUGCCAUGCAACCCUCCCCCAUUCCCCAGAGAAAAGGACAACCAGACGGACGGACGGACGGACAACUCUCUUCCAUGCCACAGCCUCAUUGCCAAAACUCUAAUUGAACACAGUCCUACUACAUCCUUUUAGACACCGUACUUGGCAUUUUUAGGUAUGCCUCUAUGUAUAGAAGCUACUUUCCAUACAGUAUGUAAGGUGUUUUAAAAAACAAAAAAGAAAAGUGCAAUGCAAAAAAAAGUUGUGUAUCUAUAUUGUUAGGUUUAUUUGUACAUCGGACAGUAUAACAUAGACUCGUUGAUGGUUUUAGUGCCGUUCUCUUCUCUGACCAAACUUUGCGGUCCCUUUGUUGGAAUAGAUAGAACUUCUAAGUUUAUUUCAACAGUUUCUAUAUAAAUACAUAUAUAUAUUGUUUUUUUUUCUCUUUUGUUUCAUUUUGGUUUUUUGAGUUGUUCUUGUCGUUGUGUGCACAACACACAGCCAUGCCUGACACAUCAGUUGAGUCUUGUUUUAUAUACUGUACUUUUUAAAGAGAUAAUUUAUAAUUCUUACCAAAAUGUUUAUGCUGGAGUGCGUGCGCAGACACAGCGCGGCCGUGUCGGUGUUCCCACAGCCACGCUGACCUUUGAAUAAGUCCGUACAACAAGAGAGGAGUGAUUUAUUGCCUAUCCAAGAAUGUUUUAAGCAGUGCCAUAGACCAUGCAGGUGUGUGUAUAUAUAUAUGUAUAUAUACACAUACAUAUAUAUUUAAAAAGAUAAUGUUUCAUAUAUAGCACUCUCACAUUAUGUCAUUCUUAUUCUUACUCUAACUUAUUUCUAUAAUAUUAUGGUUCUGAAUGUGAUAUUUUAGGUAGGUUUGGGUGUCCUUAAAAUGUAAACUGUCUUUUUUUGUUUUUUGUCUAUUUUUGUUACUGCAUUAUGGUGCCAAGUAUCCUAAACAGGAAUGAAGUGUGUCAGAAAUACUUAAGAUAAAUGAGAGAAACUCUAAAAGCAGGGGAGGGGCGUGGGGCAGAGCAGGUAGUCUUGUAAUUGUAAUUGUUCAGUAUGUAGCCUUCAGCAGCCUCCUUUGCAAAUAAUUGGAGCAUUAGAGGUGAUGGGAGACUUCUUUUUUUUUUUUUAUCAUCAUCGAUUUCAUGUACUACACUACAGGUUUCAGACUCAGUGAAGCCAUCAGAUUGAUCCUCCCUUAUUAUUAUUAUUUUUUCUCCAUCUAAAUCAAACACCAAGUGGAACUGUUUUUGUGCCUGCUGCAGAAUUUAUGUCAUCUUUUGUGAUUUGGUCCAUAAGACAGAAUGUUUAUAAAAGUUAAAAAAAAAAAAACUAAACAAAAAAAGUAAAUGAAACCCUGCUUGUUUUUGUUCCAGCUGCUCGUUGUGAGUAUACUGUAGGAUUAUAAGCUGCAGUUAUUAUUUUUUCCCUUCACUCCAUCCUAUAAAAGCAGAUAGAGAUUUUAUUCCAGCCCCCUUUCAGGACGGCCUGGCCUCUACUGUAGGUGAUGCAGUUCUCAAAAGCAAUAAAACCCAUUAGAGCUCAA